AUGUGUAGGAGUUCCAGCGCUGAGUGGAGCGCAAAGCAGCUCUUCGACGACCUUGAGGUGUUGGCGUCCUCGACCUACGAGCUCCAGCGGAAGCUGGUCCAGGCCGCACUCGCCGCCGACUUGUCCGGCGGGGUUACCUCCUUCUCCAUGGUCUCCCACUGUUCCACCGUCUUCCUGGUGAUAAUUGGUGGAGGUGGUGGUGGGGCAUUCAUUGGUGCUUCAGCUGCAGGUGCUGCAGCAGCUGGUUUUGUUGCUGAUGGUGCUGCUCCCGGGGCACCUCCUGCUGAGGAGGAAGAGAAAGUAGAGAGUUCCGAUGAGGACUGGGGAUUGUCGCCCUUUGAUAAGAUUUCUGUCAUCUCUCAAGAGAACAAUAUGAGCUUGUGGUUUUAG